AAUAUUGCCGUGCGAAAAGCCACUUCUACAAAAUAGUCAAUAGUAAAAAAAUUGAAAUCGAACUGCGAAGUAAAGAAAUCAAUGACUCAUACAAAGGGCGAACAAGUAAAUGAUUAUAUUAUCAUGUUGAUUCUGGAGUUCAGUCGAAAAUCGGUCGCCAAUCUUUUGUGUCGUGCGAAUACCAUUCUUAGAUGGAAAAUAUGGAAUCAUUGUGACCCUUAAGGAAAGUUUAUAAUUCGAAAUUCGUUUUCAGUGUAUGAUGGUAGUGUGAGCUUUUUGGGAAUUCAAGGAUAGAAAAUGGAAGAAGGGCCAGCUUGUAGAAAGCUGGUGGCACGAUGCAGCUUUCGGUGGUCAAUGAUACAAGAAGACAUGGCGGACAGAAUGUUACCGGAGGCGAGCCUUUGGACCUUGUCGACCCAGAAUCCUGUAUCUUCGAUGUUUUCGUCCCAUGAUCAGCACCAAAACAAUGUGGUAUUGCGAGUCGUCCAUUUUUCUUCUUCAUUACAAAUUGUCAGAGAUGGAAAUGUAAUAUUCGCGAACAGCAGCGUUCAAAAAUAUGUGUUCUAACAGAAAGAUAAAGUCAAAUCCUCUUUACUUAAUUAGAUUGUAGGUUAUAUAUCUCUUUUGCAAGUAUUUCCACAAGAAACACAUGUUUUGCUGCAGAAUUGGAAAUAUUUGUGACUUUUCCUAAUGCAACUUUGGCAAAUGGAAAAUUGCCUUUUUACUUUAAUUUGGUGACACUUAAGUAAGGUAAAAGUGCUGCUACUUUAAAGCCCGGUUCCACCAAGAGUGAUUAAAUUCUUGGUUAGCUAAUCACAAUCAUUUUUUAAUCACCACUUUAAUCAUGAUUAAAUUGUCAUGCGUUCCACAACAAACAUUUUAACUCCGGUUAGAUAAUCAUCAGUCUCAUAGGUUAAGAUCAUAUUUCCUUUGAAUCCACGGUUCUGAUUGGUUCAAACACCUCACAGAUCAACUGAAAUCAUUUUCCCUCAAAACGGUAAUCACAUGUAGCUUGAACAUUGAUAGAGAAAUAUCCUUUUCUAUUACGAAAUACUUCUGCGUGUUCUAAAGUUUGGGAAAACGAGUUAAUGCAUAAAAAAUUACUUGUGCUGCACUCAUUUCCUUUUUUGUAGAUGGGAGUUUAAUGUCAUGUCAGCAGUUACUCGAUGUACAAUUCGAUGCGGACUAGUUUUGGUUACUCCAAAAAAGUCUCCAGCAGCAAUAAGUUGCGAUCCAGUUGCAUAAUACCUCAACACAAGUAAAAGUUGUGUCAUGGGUUGAAUAGUGUUGUUUCUGAAACAUCCAUUUAAUGAACAUGUGGCAAUUUUACUAUUAUUCAUUUAUCAUAACUUUCUGUAGUAUGUUGCAGGUCUAUUUCUAUUUCCAGCAGUAAUGUUUGGACAGUGUUUUUCGAUAAGCGAAAUAGCAUAAAAAAAACUUAAGGUGUCCAUGAUUUCAAAAUAAUUGACUCGCGGAUUAAAUAUUCGCGGUCUUCUAACAACUUGCAUGUCACUAUCCUCAUCAGACGGUGAUAAAACAUCGCCAUAAAACAAAUCCAACAUGUGUUUACUUAAAAUUGUU